AUGGCCUUCCAAGGUCCUCCUAAGCCAAAAGGUCUCCUUGACUAUCACCGCGUCCUUGCCCCAAGAGCAGGAGUCCGCGUAAGCCCAUUAUGCCUCGGCGCCAUGAACUUCGGAGAUGCGUGGAAAGAUUGGAUGGGAGAGUGCAACAAGGAAACGGUUUUUGAAAUCUUGGAUUACUUUUAUGAGAAGGGCGGUAACUUUAUCGAUACUGCGAACAAUUAUCAGAACGAGCAAAGUGAGACUUGGAUUGGAGAGUGGAUGGAACAGAGGGGUGUGCGGGACCAGAUGGUGCUUGCCACAAAGUUCUCGUGUUCCUACCGAAGUGGCUCCGACCCAAAGGCAAUUCAGAGCAAUUAUACUGGAAACCAUACGAAAUCUUUGGCUGUCAGUCUUGCAGCGAGUUUGAAGAAGCUGCGAACGUCGUAUGUUGAUGUUCUGUACGUACACUGGUGGGACUUCACCACGUCGAUCGAGGAGAUUAUGAAGUCUCUCAAUGCAUUAGCAGACCAGGGCAAGAUUCUCUACCUUGGUGUCAGCGACACGCCGGCUUGGAUUGUGUCUAAAGCCAAUCAGUGGGCGCGAGAUCAUGGAAUGCGCCAAUUCGUGGUCUAUCAGGGAAAGUGGAGUGCUGCCGAUCGAGACUUUGAGCGCGAAAUCAUCCCAAUGUGUCAAGGUGAGGGGAUGGCCCUCGCUCCUUGGGGCGCUCUCGGCGGAGGAUUCUUCAAGACCGAAGAGCAGAGAAAGAGGCAGGACGGUCGGAACUAUGGUCCGAUGGGCGUGUCAGAGGUACAUUUGAAAGUGUCUGCGGUGCUCGAGAAGGUCGCCAAGCAGAAAGGAAGCAUCAUCACCAGCGUUGCUUUGGCAUACGUGAUGCAUAAGACCCCGAACGUGUUCCCAAUCGUCGGCGGACGAAAGAUCGAACACUUGGAGGGAAAUAUCGAAGCUCUCAGCCUCAAGCUUUCUACUGAAGAAAUCGAGGAGAUCGAGGACGCUUAUCCCUUCGAUUACGGAUUUCCGUUGAACUUCCUGUUCAUGGGCCAAAAGGUUCCAAGCCAGAAGGCUAGUGACGUUUUCCUGACCAAGAUGGCUCACACUCUCGACGUGAACGAUGCUCCAAAGCCAAUUGAGCCUCGAAGCUUGUCUUAA